GGACGCCCCACAGCAGCCGCAUACUUUCCACCAGCUAAUCUACGCGGAGGAGCUAGGCCUCUUCGAGGAGAUGAUGAGCUUCCUGAAGAUCAUGUGCAUGUUGAGCCAGCUAAGUCAGGAAAAGCAGUAGCAGACGCAGAUGAAGAGGGAGCACCACUAGUACUCGAUUGGCCGAAAGACUCUCAGUGCAACUACAUUAAGGGUUGGAAGUUGGCAUCUCGAUCUCUAUGAGCAGCUCUAUGAGCAUCUCUUCAAGUAGGAAAGUCAUAGAUAUGCGAGCUACUAGAUGGGGGCCGACUUUCAACCGCUAACUACAGAUCCUCUUCCCUUCCAUACGACCACCUUCCCGGUGAAUUGACGAUAAAUAACUGGCCUCAGGGUCUUGUGGAUGUUGAGAACGCUGGAAAGUACUACAACUACGUACUACAACGCGGCAACCAGGAGGAAGACCCUAGAAACACCUGGUGGAAAAAUUCGUUGAAAAGACUUGCCUGGAUGUGGGAAGGCGAUUCAGGUGGGAAGACCCUCGGCUUUUCGCCGUCGCCAAGAAGGGGUGAGUUAGGACGGCUGAGAUCACAUGGCCAUUAGCAUAAAUUAUUUACAACUUGUUAAAACUAGUACGUAGUAAACUUUUUUAUAUCUCGCCUAGUAAGUUCUUAGGUCGGCUAUAUUACCAAUAUUAUCUCGACGGGAGGUUUUAGAAUAUUACCCAACUCGCAGUUUCCACCUGGGUACUGUUUUCGAUUUAUUCAGUUUUCUUUUACUAACUCGGUGAGUAGGAUGUUGAAGUUGAAGAUCUGAAGGUAGGAAGAAAUGACAUAGCGAUGUGAAGGUAGGACACAACUACUACUACUUCUAAUUAAGGGAGCAACAGCAGCAGUAGAUCUUUCGACGAUCGACUGCAAGUUCGAGGUCUCUUUCGGGUUUGGCGGGACAGAGUUCCACCUCUCGUAUCCCAAUGUGGCGGUCGGUAGAGGUAUUCUGCUUGCAAAAUUAAAGGCAGACAUCGCCAAAGCAUUGUGCGGGCGUCGGGG